AUGUCUGUGAUUCAAAAGAAGAUAUCCAAUAUAUUACAGAUAAAUGACUCAGUUGUGGCAGACUUCGUUUUGAACAUUUACGCCGAAUGUAAUAAUGUUGAUACAUUCAUAGAUAAAAUCGAACAACUGGGAGUUGGAAUAUCUCGUACUCGUAUACAAGAGUUGUAUCAAUGUGUUAAUCAAUAUAAAAAAGAUCAGGAGAAAGAUAAAGAUAAAGAAAGUUCACCUAAAGAUGCUGUGUCAGAACUUUUGAAGACAGAGUUAGGUAUUGAUGACCCCGCUGUUGUUGAUUUUAUAGUCGAUAUUCAUUCCAAACAAAACAGUUUAAGUGGGUUCCAUGCGAAGCUGAAUGAAAUGGAUAGCGGGUUAAGUUCCAAUAUUAUAUUUAAGAUUUACAAAGUUUUAAAACCCGAAGUGUCUGCAAACGAAGAUGAGCCUCCAAAGACCAGUCGUUUUACAGGGCUUGCUUUACCUAAUAGCGAUCUUAAAUGGGAUGAUAUAAAAGGGACAGGGUUUCGUGAACCAGAAAUGGAUCCUGCUCCUUUAGAGGGAAAGAUAUACCCAGCAAAAGUGAAGAACAUCACUUCAUUUGGAUGUUUUGCUCAGAUACUUGGCACUAAAGAGAGAUAUUGCGAUGGCCUUCUUCACAUAUCUGAGUUAAGUCACGAAAGACCCACAUCUCCGCAUGAUAUCGUCAGCACUGGCCAAGAUAUUUAUGUUAAAGUUAUUCGAAUACAGCCAAAUGGGAAAAUUUCACUCAGUAUGAAGGCUGUGGAUCAGCUUACAGGCGAAGAGAUCCAAGGAAGUCGUGGCCGCAGUAUGGAAACGCAGAUCAAGAGACGCCAACUCACAUCACCAGAGAGAUGGGAGAUUAGACAAUUGAUCCAAAGUGGUGUAGCAUCUGUAGAUGAAUACCCAGAGUUGAGGGAAGAGGUAGAGCAACUAAACCAUCAACCACAACAACAAGAAAUUAAUAAAAGAUCUCAGGAGGUUGAAGAACAUCUAGAACUAGAGUUAAAUAUAGAAGAUGAGCCUAAAUUUCUGUCUGGACAACUAGAUAGAUCCAAAAAACCUGAAAUGCCAAUAAUUACUAGAGUUCCAAAGGGGUCCUUAAACAAUACAGCAAUGAAUGGGUCACAUACAAUGUUGAAACAUAGAAAGGAGAAGUUGGCUAUGAAAAGGGAUGUUGAAAGGGAUCUGCAACGCCAAAAAGAUCUAGAUGAUCCUUCCCAUAAAAAGAAUAAAAUAUAUCAGGAUCAGCAGCUUGCUCUCACAGCUUGGGAGAGAGACCGGAUGCAAGAGAAAGUCAUGUAUGGGAAAAGGACAAGCUUACCGAUAAAGGCUCAAAGAGAGGCACUUCCAGUGUUUAAAAUGCGAGAAAAACUAGUCAGGGCAAUUAGAGAUCAUCAAUUUCUGGUCAUUGUAGGUGAAACUGGUUCAGGUAAAACCACACAAAUUACCCAAUAUUUGGACGAAGAAGGUUUUAGUAUUAACGGACUUAUUGGUUGUACACAACCUCGUCGUGUUGCCGCUGUAUCAGUAGCAAAGAGAGUUGCGGAAGAAAUGGGCACUAGGGUUGGCUGUGAAGUUGGUUAUGUUAUAAGAUUCGAAGACGAAACAUCAGCCCUGACUAGGAUAAAAUAUAUGACGGAUGGUAUGUUGCAAAGGGAGGCGUUACUUGAUCCAUUAAUGUCCAAAUAUUCUGUUAUAUUGUUGGAUGAAGCCCAUGAGCGUACUGUGGCUACUGACGUAUUGUUUGGGUUAUUAAAGCAAUCUGCGCUAAAACGCCCUGAACUAAAAGUUAUCGUUACCUCCGCUACUCUAGAUUCUGACAAAAUUUCGAAGUACUUUAUGAAUUGCCCAAUCAUUCAAAUUCCUGGAAAGACCUUCCCAGUUGAUGUUGUGUACGCAAAAACUCCUCAGGUGGACUACAUUGAGAGUGCAUUAGAUACUGUGAUGGAGAUUCACAUUAAUGAACCUGAAGGUGAUAUUCUGGUAUUUUUAACUGGUCAGGAAGAAAUUGACACUUCUUGUGAAAUCUUAUAUGAGCGCGUCAGCACUUUAGGCAAUACAAUACAGGAGUUAUUAAUAUUGCCUGUAUAUUCAGCGCUUCCUAGUGAAAUCCAAUCAAAGAUCUUUGAACCAACACCCAAAGGUUCGAGAAAGGUGAUCUUUGCUACCAAUAUUGCUGAAACUUCCAUCACAAUCGAUGGUAUAUAUUAUGUCGUAGAUCCAGGAUUUGCGAAGGUAAACACUUAUAACCCUAGAAUGGGUAUGGAACAGUUAGUGGUAGCCCCAAUAUCACAAGCACAAGCUAAUCAACGUAAAGGAAGAGCAGGCAGAACAGGGCCAGGAAAAUGCUAUCGUUUGUACACAGAGAGUGCUUUUAAAAAUGAAAUGUUACGAAAUACAAUUCCUGAAAUUCAAAGACAAAAUUUAGAACAUACUAUUUUGAUGUUAAAGGCCAUGGGUAUUAAUGACUUACUGAAUUUUGAGUUUAUGGAUCCACCGCCGAAAUCGUUAAUGUUAAGCGCCCUGGAGGCAUUAUACAACUUGCAAGCUUUAGAUGAUGAAGGGUAUUUAACAAAAUUAGGCAAGCGCAUGUCACAGUUCCCCAUGGAACCUUCUUUAUCAAAGGCUCUCAUUGCAGCAGUGGAUAACGGAUGCUCUGAUGAAAUAUUGACCAUUAUUUCAAUGCUAUCUGUUCAAAACGUUUUCUAUAGACCAAAGGAUAAACAAAGGGAUGCAGAUAACAAAAAGGUUCGAUUCCAUCACCCAUACGGCGACCAUUUGACCCUUCUAAAUGUAUACAAACGUUGGAACGAAAACAACUUUUCGAAGAAUUUCUGUCUGGAUAAUUACUUGCAUGAACGUCAUUUAAAGCGCGCAAGAGAUGUUAGAAAUCAACUAAAAAUGAUAUUCAAGAAGUUAGCCUUUCCGAUAACAAGUUGCAACGGUGAUAUAGACCUAAUAAGGAAAACUCUCGUAUCUGGAUUUUUUAGGAAUGCCGCAAAAAGAGAUCCUCAGAUUGGUGGGUAUAGGACUAUAGCGGAUGGUACAUCCAUUACAAUCCAUCCUUCCAGCUCGCUAUUUGGAAAAGAUUACGAAUACGUAAUUUAUCAUAGUUUGGUCCUUACAACGAGAGAAUACAUGUCCCAAGUAACCGUCAUUGAUCCCCAUUGGCUAACGGAUAGUGCGCCUCACUUUUACAAACCUGUAGAUCCUGGAAGUGACACUAGAAAGAAAACGAAAAUUGUCCCACUACAUAAUAAGUUUUCGAAGGAUCAAGAUUCAUGGAGAUUGAGUUCAAUUAGGCAAUCAAAGGAAAGAGCAUUGGGAAUUAAAAGGUAG